AUGGAUGACAAAAUCCCUGGGCUCAAAGCGAUUCGAGGGCCAGAUGGAGAACGAUCUCCAACUCCUCCUCAAAAUGUUGGCCGCUCUCCAACACCGCCAAAUCUAGACGAUCCUGAGCACCCGGAUGCCCGGAAACUGACAACGUUGGCCGGAUGGGAGAGAAGGCAACAGAACGGUGAUUACGAUUCAGUGUCCAUGUCAUCAACGCUCGAUCGUGGCGCAGCGGCUGGAAAGCGGCCCGCAAGCGAGAAUGGAACAAUGGCUCGACAUGCAAUUGUGCCUUACGGAGGUCAACGUCGCUCCGGUUCGGAGGCUGAUGUUUUUGGCCCACCUUCACCUGGAGUCCCACCUCGAUUUGGCCCUCCACCCCCACAUGGUCGACCUCCGAUGCCUCAUCCUCACUUCCCCUUCUUCCCACCACCCUUCAUGCUACCCCCAGGAAUGCGCCCACCUCUUCCUCCACCUCCACCUCAUCUGCGCGGUCAUCCGCAUUUCAUGCCACCACCAUUCGGCGGACCACCACCACCCCAUGGAGCUCGUCUCCCACCUCCUCCGCCUCAUAUGCGAGGCCCACCACCUCAUCCGUUCUUCCAUGGCCCUCAUGGGCCCUUCUUCCCUCCGCCCCCACCCCCGCACAUGUUCCACUCCAUGCAUAUGAGGCCCCGAAGCCCAGCGGCCGAAUCUGGUACUGGGCCAAUUAUUACUUCUGCUGAUAGCAUGUAUGGUACUAUUCCGAGAGGCCGCGCCUACGAAGAGCCCGCCUACGUCAGUGGCGGGAAUGGUGCACCAGAGGCCAGCUAUGCGCCCCGCGGUUUUCGGCACGAGCACUAUGAAAGCAUGGACACCAUCCGGAGAGCACAGAAAAAGGGCGCUGGUUCCUCGGCAGCUUCUUUGCGUGGUGAGACGUCUUCUGGCGCGGCUUGGGACGCGUAUGAGGCUGGAAUCUAUCGCAGACCUCAUAUUAAUGAGAAGGCCUUCUCCGGAACCCUACGCUCGGAGCGCGAACGUGAGUCUCAGACCGUCGAAAGCGAACUUCGUGGAGAGGCUCGCCCAGAUACUCCUCCCGUCGACUACGAGGCUUUCGAGGACUCCACAUCUCCGAGAAGCCGAAAGGCACGGCUGCUCAACGCCCGGCCGUCUAUUAAGCCGAAUUACAAAGCGCAAGCCAUAUUUGAA